AUGGCUUCCGACAACUCGCAAAAGUCGGGCAAACUGGGUGUAGCCAAUGGCGUCUACAUCCCGGUUUGCCUUAACAUUGUCAGUAUUCUUAUGUUUCUGCGGUUCGGUUCGAUCCUCGGUCACAUUGGUGUUUUGGGGAUGCUAGGGCUUCUUGUGGUCUCAUAUCUCAUCGAUCUCGUGACCGCCCUCUCGCUCUCUGCUGUUGCCUCUAAUGGCGAGGUAAAGGGAGGAGGAGCAUACUAUCUCAUCUCCAGGUCGUUAGGCCCCGAAUUCGGCGGUUCUAUUGGCAUUUUGUUCUACCUGUCGCAGGUACUCAACACCGCUCUCAAUGUAGUUGGUCUCAUCAACUGCCUGGAACUUUACUUUGCCGACCAGAUACCUCAUGGGUUUUGGGGCAUAUACAUGCUGGAGACCGCUGCUCUGUUAGGAUGUACGGCCAUGUGUCUUGCCGGGAGUGGCAUGUUUGCCAAGGCAAGCAACGCUCUGCUUGCCAUCCUUUUGGUGUCCACCUUCAGCAUUCCCUUAUCGGCUCUGUUUUUGCGUCCCUUCAGCAACCCGAGCCUUGGGAUCGAAUUCACGGGACUGAGCAUGGCCACGUUGAAAACGAACCUUUUGCCUGAUACUGGGAGCGACAGCCAGUUUCAGGGGCUCUCAACUUUCCGCGAGCUAUUUGGAAUUCUUUUCCCGGCAACUUCUGGCAUCUUUGCCGGAGCUUCCAUGUCAGGUGACCUGCGCAAUCCUAGCAAGGCCAUUCCGAAGGGAACCCUCUGGGCUAUGCUGUCGACAUUUGUGGUAUAUCUUCUGGUUAUCCUCUCCAUGGCCUCUGCAAUCACUCAGCCGUCCCUUCUCCGAGAUGCCAAUAUCCUACAGGACACUACCUUGUCUGCUCCUCUCAUUCUUGCCGGGGAAUGCGCUACGACAUUUUUCUCCGCGCUUAUGGGUCUGAUAGGCUCUGCAAAACUCCUUCAGGCAUUGGCGCGAGACAAGCUGGUCCCCGGCUUGUCUCCGUUUGGACUAGGAACCAAGAAGGGUGAUGAGCCUGUACUUGCCAUUUUCCUGACCUACGUGAUUGCACAGCUGUCGUUGUUUGCUGAUCUGGAUCAAAUUGCAACUUUUAUAUCUAUGGGAUACCAGUUGACUUUCUUCACCAUGAACUUGGCCUGCUUCUUACUCAAGAUUGGCUCAGCACCCAACUUUCGUCCUGCAUUCAAGUUCUUCAGUUGGCAUACUGCAUUCGCUGGUAGCAUCUUGUCGGCCUUUGCAAUGUUUUUCAUCGACGAGACAUAUGCGACCAUGGCUGUCAUUGUACUCGUGUUCCUUUUCCUGCUGAUCCACUAUUUGUCUCCUCCAAAGCAUUGGGGUGACGUGUCUCAGAACCUCAUCUACCAUCAGGUUAGAAAGUAUCUUCUUCGGCUACGACCUGAACACAUCAAGUUCUGGCGCCCACAAAUCAUACUUCUCGUCGGCGACCCUCGGCGGCAAACACGCCUAGUCCAAUUUUGUAACUCGAUGAAGAAAGGCUCUCUCUACAUACUUGGGCAUGUCAUUGUCACGGACGAUUUUGAGACUGGCGUUCAAGAGGCUAAGCUACAGCAGUCGGCCUGGACAAAGUACAUCUCGGAGUAUUCCCGCAUCAAGGCUUUCGUGCAGCUCAACAUGUCGCCCACCAUAACGUGGGGUAUCAGGAACCUUAUUCUCUCCGCAGGACUCGGUGGCAUGCGCCCCAAUAUCGCUGUGAUUGGUUUCUUCAAUACGGACGAGCUCCGGAAGCUGCAGGCGAAGGGUGGCUUACUGGGUGUCCCGGAGCUUCCCCGAGCUGCGUCUGCACCUAGCAAUCUAGUAAUGGAUGAUUCGUCCGAGGACGAGGUACGCCCAACUAUGCGACGGCGGCGCGACACCUCUGCGAGGCUUCUGGACGGAGACUUGCCCACUGAUGUAAUCAAGAGGGAAGGCAACAUGUCGGUCACCAGUUACCUGACCAUUUUGGAGGACCUUGCCUUCAAGCACAGGCUCAAUGUUGCUGUUGCCAAAGGCUUUGAUCGCCUGGAGACGCCGCGACGUGAUGGCAAGAACUCCAAGAAAUACAUUGACCUUUGGCCAAUUCAGAUGUCUGCCCGAGUGCAUGCUGACGGUAAAAGCGUCAUCACCAGCAACUUUGACACAUAUACACUAAUUUUACAGCUUGGUUACAUUUUACGUACCUGUCAAACUUGGAGGCGCGUCUUCCAACUGCGAGUUAUGGUGUUUGUCGAGUAUGCAUCCGAAGUCGAAGAGGAGAAGCAAAGGGUGUCUACAUUGCUCGAGAAGCUAAGAAUCGAUGCCGACGUGCACGCAUUCUCGCUGGAUUCCGAUGAUUUGCACACUUACCAGGGCAUCGUCCACGGAGAUUUCAAGGAUCCGCAAAUAGAGAACAUGCUCAACAGAACCUUGGAGUCUGACUGGUGGGCUGAGUUGAAAGCUAUUCGACUCUCCCAGCACCAAGGCUCAGACGUUGACAACCAAGACGACGAGUCCGGGUCGGAGGUUCCUAGAAGACGGUCGACCGUUUCAUAUGUGUCGGGAAUGUCUCGCCGGAGACCUACCGUAUCUCUUCUCUCUCAGAUGGGUUUUAAUUUGGGAAUCCAUGCGCAAAAUCUUCCCCGCAAAAUUUUCCGUUCUAGGUCCAGAACACGCAACGAUUCUGGCAGCGAAAGCAGCAGCUCGGACGAUGAGGUCGACGCAGAUUUCAAUGAGCCUGACAACGAUGGAAACAUAUCUGGGAUUAUGGGGUCGCCUAGAUCGAGGAUUUCGCUCGCCAACGAUAGGUUGCAAAGGAGUAGUUACGGAAGCUUGCGCUCCAACGGCCCGGCAACGCAGCGCAUAUUAGCAAUUGAGCGCCAACCACUUCUGCGGGCAUCCGCGUCAGCGCGGUCAUAUGGAGCCGUGCCCGCUGAUCAUUUGUCUCAUUCGAGCGGCGGUCUGGCGACUACCAAAUCAUACGAAGGACGAAAUCGUUCGAUAUCACGAGAAGAGACCCUGGCAGUAACCCAACCACCAUCACGAGCCAGGUCGCCCACGCCAGGAUCUCAAACCCUCAAGCCAGAAGCGGGGCCGGUCCGGCGUCCCGGAUUUUCGAGAGCAAACUCGUCCAAUCGAUUCGUAAGCUCUUUGGUACCGGAAACCAAGAUCAUCGAUGGCGAAGGCGCAGCUGGACCCAGCCUAGGUUUUGCUUCUCCUGAAAGCGAGUCAGCUGGUCAAUUUAACGCAACCUUGGCAGCAACAGGAGGGUGUGCAACGGAGGAUGUGAAAAUCGACAUACCGGAGCUACUCGCAGCUCAGCAAAAAGACCAGGGCGGCAGGAGCCGUUCUGGUAGUAAUCAGAACGACGGCGCGGGCGGAGGAAGCGAAUCGCAACAAGGAAGCCAGGCGACGCUCAAACUCUCAUUCAACGACCUGCCAAGCCGUGCGCAGCACCUGAUCAUCAAUGAGCUGAUGAGGCAGCAGAGCGAGGACACGGCCGUCUUGUUUACGACGCUUCCUAUCCCCGAGGAAGGUAUAUGUGAAAGUGAGGAGGCUAGCGUGCAAUACCUGUCGGACGUUGAGGUACUUUGUCAUGAAUUGCCGCCAACUCUGAUGGUACUUUCCAAUAAUUUGACAGUCACGACCAGUCUGUAA